AUGCCUUUACCGGAAUAUACAGCAUGCAUGAGCUGUCAUGAUAGCUCUGACCAAAAUGAGCUGGAACUUAUAUCACAGUAUUUUAAACAAGGCUACAACAAUCUUGAAAUACUUGAAUUCUUGAAGAUCCAUGGCGUAACUAUAAGUUUAUCAACCCUGAAAAGACGUCUUCGAUCUUUAGGACUAUCAAGAAGAGACACCGCAUCUGACCAUGAACUGAAGGACGCCAUCGAGAAGGAACUUGGUAAAAGUGGUUGUUUUGUGGGAUGCCGUAAGAUGUGGGCAAGGCUCAGAAGGAAGGGAGUUAUUUCUAAAAGAAGUAUGGUCAUGAGGUGUCUCAGAGAACAUGAUCCUGAAGGCGUAGAAAGCCGACGAAAAAAGAGGCUGCGUCGACGAGCAUACCACUCAAAAGGACCGAAUUUCAUUUGGCAUAUUGAUGGCCACGACAAAUUAAAACCGUAUGGCUUCAGCGUACAUAGAUGCAUAGAUGGUUUUUCAAGACGGCUGAUUUGGCUGGAGGUGGGUCCCACAAACAAAAACCCAGAAGUGAUUGCUAAAUACUAUCUCGAAGCUGUGAAGCAGUCAGGUGGAGUACCUUGGAAGAUCAGAUCAGAUGAUGGAACUGAAAACAGUGUGAUCGAGGCAAUUCAUACUUACCUUAGGUCUGCCCACAAUGAUGAAAAUGCUGGCAUGGGAUGUUUUGCUUUUGGCAGAUCCACAGCAGACCAAAGAAUUGAAGCUUAUUGGUCACAACUUGUAAAAGAUGGUCCCGGUUGGUGGAUUAAUUUUUUUAAAGAUUUGUCAGACCUGGGCCUAUUUAUUAGCUCCGAUCCAGUUCACCAGGAGUGUAUCCGAUUUUGCUUUCUGCAAAUAUUGAGAGACGAGCUUUAUCAAGUAGCGGAAAUCUGGAAUCAACAUCACAUAGCCUCAAGCAAAUUUGGUAACAGCAGUGGUCCCAGGGGAAAACCUGAUUGUAUGUAUUUCCUACCCCACCUUUACAACACAGAAGACUACAAAGUGAACGUUGACCGCCAUGAGGUAGAAGAGUUCAUUGAUAAUUCAACCAUGUGUCCUGCUGAUUUUAGAGAAGAGUUUGAGGAGUUUGCUAUAACAAUUAUAAAUGAACUUGGACUGCAUUCACCACAAGAUGUUGAUGAAGGACUUGAUCUAUAUCUGCGACUUAUUGAAGAGAUUGAAAACUUAACGUAG